GGAGAGGCGUGUGUGGUUUCCAUGGACACGGUUGAUACCAAACUUACGGUAGAAGUUUAGAAAUAGACAAAAACCUUGAAUUACACGUUUCAGAAUAUCCCAGCCGCUGCUAUGGGGCUAUCACUGACGAGGGCAGCCCAGUGGACCCCGGCCAGCUCUGGUACUGGCAAACUUGAGUCCACGCCAAUGAAUGAGUCCUUGUUGAAGGAAAUCCUGAGCUUUGCUGAGCAGUUCGGCUCCCAACACCCACAGGAGGCCUUGCAUGUGUUUCAAGAACCUCUCCAGUGGAGUACCACUUUAGUGGCAUCUGAUUUCAAAACAGACUAUGACAUCAGUGACUCAGACGUAAAGUCCAAUGAGAGAGACAGUGAAGGGCUUCCAUUGUUGCAGCUCUCCCCUCCUACUGUUUCUGUACGCAGCUUCAGCCAGCUCUCUAAACUCAUUCAUCUGGCAGAAGAUAAGAAGGUGGAAGAGGUUCAAGCAUGUCUAGAAGAAAAUAGAUACCCCGUGGUUAAGAUUCUUGGUUCCAGUGUUGCCAGCAUCCUGCAGGGAGAAGACACCGAUACUGACGUGCUAAGUCUGGUAGACAAAGUGAAAGAUCAGGGCAAGGACUCGGAGGUCAAGGUCAAGCUGUUCCUGUUGCUCCAAAAUCUGGAUAACAAGCUCCUCAGCAAGUGCCUCGAAGAGAUAGCCGGAAAAAUCAGGCUUGACCCCACCGCAGUGAAGAAUGAAGUGGAUUCACUGAAACAGUCAAGCAUUGAAGGGGAAAAAAGGGUGUUGAAGUCCAUUCGAUACACAUCAGAUUAUAUAUUUUCAAAUGGCUGCCGUGCCCCUCCUUGGAGACAGGUUCAUCGCGAGAUGUGUUACCUAGUGAUCGAGCCGUGUGACACUGAGACCCUCUGCGUCACCUGCAGCACUGCGGGAGUUUUUAUUAAUGGGAUGGGAAGGAUCCAAACAGACCUGAAGAAUCCCGGCGAGGCUUUCACGGUGAACACUUCACAAGGAGAACGUCCUCCUAACUCGAGUGUCACCUAA